GCUGUCCUCGUCGUCGUCUUCCUCCGCCGCCUCGUCCUCAUCCCCCCCCCUUUUCCUUCUCUUCGCAGCUCUGCGCAGUCUCCUCGCCUUCCUUUUUCAUAGCCGUCCCUCUGCCCAACAUCCUUGCGGGCACUCAUGCACCUUGAUGGUCGAGCCAGCUUGACCAGAUACUGAACGCCCAGGCCAGAUGACAAUGUCUUUGGUCUCACUCACCCUACUCACCCUAUACUUCUUGUGUGACGCUGGCGCCAUGGCCAGGGGCACACACCAUCAAUUACAUACGUGUGAACAUGUCGGAUGCUUGGAUUCGUUUUUGUUGCAGGCCUCAGUGGACGUAUCGCACGAAGAUCAAGGUGGCCUGCAGCAUCAUGCCCUUCGUUCGCGAAGUAAUCGAACGAUGACGCGGGCGGAGCGUUACGCCGAUUUGCGACGCAGCCGUCGUGUCGCCACGCAGUCAGAACCAGUCACGACGCCGACCUGUGUAGAUACAGCCAAUGGGGCCACGAACAGGUUUGGUCACUCGUGCGAAGUAUAUUCGCACGAUCCUGAUGAGCCCUAUACAGGUAUUUGCAUGGACCCUUAUUAUGACGAUGACGAUUUCACCUCCAGAACAAUGUGCUGCGUCUGUCCAGAAGAGUGCAAAGAGAGCGAGACACUUGAUAAUCCUGAAGGGUGUGAGGAUUGGAUCCACUUUGCGGAUUCGAAUGAGGAUGGCUUCGGGAGGGCAUCCCAUUCAAAUCUUGCUGGACUUGGUCCAGAAUUCCAUAAGCCCAAAGAGCUGAGAUACUAUGGAGUCGGCAAGCUUUCUAAUGGUGUGAACGUCGACAUCGUCUUUGUCAACACGAGCGCGUAUGUCCCCAGGAACACCCAAUGGAACACGAUAAGCGGGGCCCAGGCGACUGUGAAUCUCCUUAUUGGGGAAUUCGCCACUCUCAGAGGGGAGUUCGUGAGAAACCACACUUUCUGCCCCGAGAAGCCGAUCCUGCCAAAGAUCACGUUUUGUGACAUCGACCAUUACAAGGAUGGGGAGAACGAGGUAUUGUACCUCGACGGGGUAAGCGCAGUCUACACAGUCGACGGUGACAUCGAUUUCGAUAUGGAGUUGUAUGAGUUUGACACGGUCGUAAACGAUACGCCAGUUCCGUUGUCCUACGUCACAGAAACGAUUCCGACUCUGGUUCCAGGCAGGAACUCCAGGAGGUACUCAGCCAGCUCGGGUGGCAAAUUUGGAGUUAAGACCGUCUCGCGGAUGUACGGCCACGGCUGCGACAAUCCAACGGACCAGAACCACCUGAUCAACAUCACGUGCCCCGAUGAGACGGCCGAGACCGUGGACCAGGCGAAGCGGUGCUUCAUGGCCGAGUUCUCCGACACAAGCGAGUUCAGCGUCGGGUUCAAGAUCCUGACGGACAAGCCCGAGGAGUACAUCCAGCAGUGGGGCCGCAACUUCGCCAUGGCCGGGACGUCCACGUUCUUUGCCCGUGAGGGCAGCCGGACCUGCAUCACGAGGGCACCCACGGCAGCUCCCACCGCGGCGCCGACGGCCUUCCCGACGGUCGCCCCGACGGCCGCACCGACAGCUUUCCCGACGGCCGCGCCGACGGCCGCACCGACGGCCGCCCCGACAGCUGCGCCGACAGCCAGGCCGACAGCCGCACCGACGAGCAAGCCCACGCCUGCCCCGACAGAGACGCCGACGGGUGCGCCCACGGGCGCGCCCACGGCUGCCCCGACAGAGACGCCGACGGGUGCGCCGACAGCUGCACCGACAUCGUCUCCGACCGCCGCGCCGACCGACGAGCCGACCUCUGCACCCACAGCUACGCCUACAGCUGCACCGACAUCUGCACCAACAAGCGCUCCCACGCCCUCACCGACAGUGGCGCCAACCAGUCCGCCGCCAACUGGACCUGCAGUUGCAGGCGCAGGACCCAUGGCCACGUCAUCAGCUUCUGGGAUGACGCCGUUUACGACAUCAGCGGGAGUCGUGCUGGUGCUUCCAGCAUCUCCCGGAGCGGAACGGGUGGUAGUGUCGACCGAGUCCGUUUUCGCAAUAGGGCAAUCCAUCCUAAUCUCUGGCGGCGGGCACUCAGAAGUCCACGCGAUCGUGAGCUUUGGAUCUAUCGUGUUGGACUCGCCAUUGACCUUCGCGUUUCCAGCGGGCUCCAUAGUUGUGGCAACAACACCUCUGCCCACACCCGCGCCUACACUUGCACCUACACUUGCACCUACACCUGCACCUACCACACCAGUGGCGCCGGUAGCAACAUCUGCUGCUGGGUCUAUGGCGCCAGUGCAGUCGAGCGCAGUAGGCGACCCACACAUGGUCAACGUGCAGGGACAGCGCUUCGAUUUGAUGCAGCCAGGUGUGCACGCCCUCCUUCACAUACCCAUGAAGGCGCGGCUGUCAAACGUGCUACUUCGUGUGGACGCCGACGCCCAGCAGGUCGGUGGCGCUUGCGCGGACACCUACUUCAUGAGCGUCAACAUCACGGGGAAGUGGGUGGAGGCCAAGGUCCACGCGCUCGGGCAGGCCGAGGGUCGGGGACUGUACUACACGGCGGGCAGCGGAGCAGCCCACACGGGCACCAAGUGGAUGGUUUUUGGGACCGUGCGGCUGAAGGUGGUCCACGGCCGCACCCAAGCCGCGGUGGCGGACCCUACCUGAACUUCUUCGUCCGCAACCUCCGGGAGGCGGGCUGCCUCGUGGGCGGGCUCCUCGGGGAGGACGACCACACAGAGGCGGCCACCCCGACCAGAGCAUGCAGGAGGAUCCUGGACAUCUGAC